AUGAUGAACAACAUUUUCCUUAUUCAAGAGCUCCUUCGCAAAUAUGCUCGCAAGAGAAUUUCUCCUAGAUGCCUCUUGAAGAUUGAUUUACAUAAGGCAUACAAUUCCAUUUCUUGGGAGUUCCUGGAUUGGAUGCUUAAGUCUAUGGGUUUCCCAACUCAGUUUUGUUCCUGGAUUAUGGAAUGUAUCACUACCACUUCUUUUAGUGUGGUGGUCAAUGGAUCCAUCUAUGGUCAUUUCAAAGGUCAACAUGGAUUAAGGCAAGGGGAUCCUCUUUUCCCUUACCUCUUUGUUCUCUGUCUGGAAUAUUUUUCCUAUGAUCUUCAAAGCCUCAAGGAUAACAUCAACUUUAAGUUUCACCCAACUUGUGAUGUUGUUCAACUUUCACACUUGGCCUUCGCAGAUGACAUUAUGCUCCUGUCCAGAGGAGACUUGCCUUCAGUUUCAACUAUAUUUGCCAAGCUCCAGCACUUUUGUAAUGUUUCGGGGCUAUCUAUCAACACCAACAAGUCAUCCAUUUACUCAGUGGGAGUGGACCAAGAUAUUACAAGCCUUAUCCAGGGUUGGAGCAGCAAAACUCUCUCCUAUGCAGGGAAGGUGGAGCUAAUUAGAGCUGUCAUUCAGGGAAUUGCCAACUUUUGGACGGAUAUCUUUCCUUUACCUCAAUUCUUUCUAGACCGUAUCAAUGUUUCCUACCGUAACUUUCUUUGGGGCAAAGCUGAGGUCCACCAUAAUUAUUUUAAAGGAGGCAAUGUUUGGGACUUCAUUAGUUCAGCUUCAGAUUCAGUUUUGAUUAAGAAGAUCAUACACAUUAGGGACAUUAUUACCAUCAAAGAAGAUAAUGUGGAGGCUGCCAAGCAAACUCUCAACUCUUGGAAUAGCAAUGAGCAGUUGCUUGCUGGGAAGGCUUAUGACUACAUUAGAGGGGUCAAGCCUGCUGUCAAUUGGAAUUCUAUUGUUUGGAAUCCUGCCAUUCCUUCCAAGAUGUCUUUUAUCUUAUGGCUUGCUACCAAGAACCAUCUGCUCACUUUAGACCGAGCUGCUUUCUUGAACAAGGGUCUACUCUGUCCUUUGUGCAGAACUGAAGCAAAAUCCCAUGCUCAUUUGUUCUUUUCCUGCAGAAUCUCCCUCCAAGUCUGGGCCAAUAUCCGUGAUUGGAUUCCUCUCCACAGGCAAACGAUUUCAUUACAGUGCACUAUCAAUUCCCGUAUUCGUGGUAGAGCCACCUCUGGUACUUGGGGCAAAUUUCGGUGCUUGGCUUUGGCAAUUGCAGUUUACUGCACCUGGAUAUCUAGGAACCUUUUACUUUUUGAGAAUUCACCUUUUUCUGUAAUUAAUAAAAUUAACAAGAUCAAAUUCCUUGUUUAUAAACAUUCGCGUGUUAGGGUGCCUAUUGUUUUGCUUGCUGCGGGGUAUGUCCCAUUUACACUAUAA